AUUGGAUUCAGGUGUUCCAAUCACCUCCAUGGCCACAGGUGUACAAAAUCAAGUACCUAGGCAUGCAGACUGCUUCUACAAACAUCUGUGAAAGUAUGGGUCGCUCUCAGAAGCUCAGUGAAUUCAAGCGUGGUACCAUGAUAGAUUGCCACCUGUGCAAUAAGUUCAUCCAUGAAAUUUCCUUGCUACUAAAUAUUCCAUGGUCAACUGUUAGUGGUAUUAAAAACAAAGUGGAAGCAACUGAGUGCAACAGUAACUCAGCCACAAAGUGGUAGGCCACGUAAAAUGACAAAGCAGGGUCAGUGCAUGCUGAAGCAUAUAGUGCACAGAAGUCACCAACUGUAUGCAGAGUCAAUAACUAAAGACCUUAAAACUUCGGGUGGCCUUCGGAAUAGCACAACAAGAGUACAUAGAGAGCUUCAUGGAAUGGGUUUCCAUGGCCGAGCAGCUGCAUCCAAGCCUUACAUCACCAAGUACAAUGAAAAGCGUUGGAUGCAAGUGGCAUAAAGCACACCACCACUGG